UGGCGGCGGCGGCAGGUGGCGCGGGAGGUCGCGGCGCGCCAUGGGGCUCCCGGCGCUGCUGGCCAGUGCGCUCUGCACCUUCGUGCUGCCGCUGCUGCUCUUCCUGGCUGCGAUCAAGCUCUGGGACCUGUACUGCGUGAGCGGCCGCGACCGCAGUUGUGCCCUCCCAUUGCCCCCCGGGACUAUGGGCUUCCCCUUCUUUGGGGAAACCUUGCAGAUGGUACUGCAGCGGAGGAAGUUCCUGCAGAUGAAGCGCAGGAAAUACGGCUUCAUCUACAAGACGCAUCUGUUCGGGCGGCCCACCGUGCGGGUGAUGGGCGCCGACAACGUGCGGCGCAUCUUGCUCGGCGAGCACCGACUGGUGUCGGUCCACUGGCCAGCGUCGGUGCGCACCAUUCUAGGAUCUGGCUGCCUCUCUAACCUGCACGACUCCUCGCACAAGCAGCGCAAGAAGGUGAUUAUGCGGGCCUUCAGCCGCGAGGCACUCGAGUGCUACGUGCCGGUGAUCACCGAGGAAGUGGGCAGCAGCCUGGAGCAGUGGCUGAGCUGCGGCGAGCGCGGCCUCCUGGUCUACCCCGAGGUGAAACGCCUCAUGUUCCGAAUUGCCAUGCGCAUUCUACUGGGCUGCGAACCCCAACUGGCGGGCGACGGGGACGCCGAGCAGCAGCUUGUGGAGGCCUUCGAGGAAAUGACCCGCAAUCUCUUCUCGCUGCCCAUCGACGUGCCCUUCAGCGGGCUGUACCGGGGCAUGAAGGCGCGGAACCUCAUUCACGCGCGCAUCGAGCAGAACAUUCGCGCCAAGAUCUGCGGGCUGCGGGCAUCCGAGGCGGGCCGGGGCUGCAAAGACGCGCUGCAGCUGUUGAUCGAGCACUCGUGGGAGAGGGGAGAGCGGCUGGACAUGCAGGCACUAAAGCAAUCUUCAACCGAACUCCUCUUUGGAGGACACGAAACCACGGCCAGUGCAGCCACAUCUCUGAUCACUUACCUGGGGCUCUACCCACAUGUUCUCCAGAAAGUGCGAGAAGAGCUGAAGAGUAAGGGUUUACUUUGCAAGAGCAAUCAAGACAACAAGUUGGACAUGGAAAUUUUGGAACAACUUAAAUACAUCGGGUGUGUUAUUAAGGAGACCCUUCGACUGAAUCCCCCAGUUCCAGGAGGGUUUCGGGUUGCUCUGAAGACUUUUGAAUUAAAUGGAUACCAGAUUCCCAAGGGCUGGAAUGUUAUCUACAGUAUCUGUGAUACUCAUGAUGUGGCAGAGAUCUUCACCAACAAGGAAGAAUUUAAUCCUGACCGAUUCAUGCUGCCUCACCCAGAGGAUGCAUCCAGGUUCAGUUUCAUUCCAUUUGGAGGAGGCCUUAGGAGCUGUGUAGGCAAAGAAUUUGCAAAAAUUCUUCUCAAAAUAUUUACAGUGGAGCUGGCCAGGCAUUGUGACUGGCAGCUUCUAAAUGGACCUCCUACAAUGAAAACCAGUCCCACCGUGUAUCCUGUGGACAAUCUCCCUGCAAGAUUCACCCAUUUCCAUGGGGAAAUCUGAUGAGCUUGAAUGCUCAAACCUGAGACUUAUUGGAAGUGUACAUAUGAGUUUUUAAGGAGUGUUGUGUUGACUUUAUAUUUAAUUUCUAAAUGUAUAUUAUAAUAUUUAUGUGUUUUGACUAUACUACCACAAUCUUUAAAUAUUAAAAUAAUGAAUUUGUAUCAUUUCCAAAUAAAGUAAAAUUUGAAGGUA